AUGGAAUCACCCGCCGUACCCGUUCCCCUCGAUCCGCGAGAGCAGCCCAUCCUUGAAAAGCUCCUCCGCACCCGUGAUGCACUUCUUUUGCUGAAGCAGGAUAAGUCGUCGUACAUCAAGUCUCGCGAUGUUUUGCCUUUGUACGAAGAGGUUAUUGGCGAGGUCGAAACCCUUAAUUCAAUCCGCAAGGAACGAGGUGGCCGAUUGAUAUACAACCGAUUUAUUGUUUCGCUGCUUCUAGUGGACUAUGUGCUUGAUGAUUGCUUCCAACUUAUUUCUCUCCUCUUCCUCACAGUCGGCCGAAACAACGAGGCUCCCGCGACGUAUUCACUGGCAACAACAAUCCAGCGCUUGCUUGACCAUCUCGAAGAAGCCGGUUUUUAUAGUGCUAAAGAUCUUGAAUCCAUAUCAAAAACGCUUGACAGCAUGCAGGAAGCCAUAGAGCGCGGCAAAGAUAUACACUCUCCACAUCUCCUCACCCUCCUACAGAGUCGGCUUCAGCAAUGUCACAUAUCUCUGGAUACUCUCUAUAACGGCCUCAAACCUCUUGCAGCCGAACUGGCCCCUUUACAUGAAACUUUAGUGUCGAUCCUUCGAUCAACGUCCGCAGUUAACACUCGUUCCAAGUUUUCUGCUUCGGAAGUGCUCGAUUUGCAGGAGCGCCUGAAAGAGAUACAGAGCCGCACCAAAGAUGGAAACUUUGUCGGAUCCGAUGGACAAGUAUUGAGUGGACAGGAAGUUGUUAAGCCUCUCUGGGAUAGAUGCUGGAGGUGGACGGAACUUGUGCUUGAGAGGAAAGGACAAGUUGAAGAACGAUUCCAGGAGCAGUACUCGCGGAUUCUUGAGAUAAAGAAUCAGCUGGAGCGAUUGUCCAUGACACAGGCAUGGUCUCUUCGUGAAACAGAUCUCUUCCAAUUCCAGCGUAAGCUUGAUCGUAUCGAUGAAGCUCGUGUCAAUGGAAAUUUCAUCGAUUCCACGGGCCAAACAGCGGACCUCCACACCCAGAGAACAUUGCUUUACCUGAUCCGUCGCAGUUACGCUUACAUUUAUGCGCUUCUCAUCGCCUCGGAACCUGUAUCAGAAGCUCUGUUGCCAAUUUACAAUCAAUUGCAAACACUACGCCGUUGUUUGUUAGAAGUCAAGGACUCUGGUGGCGUGUCCAAUGCACGUGAACUUUAUCCAUAUAGCAUGAAAUUAAACUCCAUCGACAGUAUGCGUGUAGAUGGAAAGUUCUUUAUAGGAAGCGAUCUUCCAGAAGGUCAAGGUAGUGUUAAUUCACUGCUGGCAGAAUGCUACGAAAUUGCCUAUGAACUGAGAGCAGCUGUCGAUGAAGAUAAGGAAGACCAAGAGGACUGA